AUAGCAUACGAUUCGUCAUCGGGGAUACCUUCUUCAACGUCAGAACUUCCCGUUUUUGUGGUUCUGUGUACAUCAAAAACAAAACCCAUUAAAACUUCGUCUAAGAGAUCCUCGUAAAUCUCUUUAGUAGCGUUUUCCACGUUUUCAGACUUAUUCAUGAAUUCCAAAAAUCUUCUAUUUAAUUCUUGGAUUCUUUCUUCGGUAACAGACAUCUUACAGGAUGUGACAUUUGAGAAAAGCCAAGUAAUGAGAUUCCAAACUUCCCACCGUGUUUAUAUACUCGACGUAUGACAGUUCUAACCCAUAACAAUGUGCGUGAUCUUCGAGUUGUACCGUGUCAUAAGGAUACUUGUCAGAUGCAACCCUAAUAUCAGAUUUUUGACAAAUCUUCCAAAUUAGAAAUGGACGGAUAUACGAUGUAUGACUUUGUGAUUAAUGAUAAGGAAAUUUGGUUAAAAAUAUCAAGAGUAUUGUACAAAUUAAUAUAAUCUAUGUAUGCAUUUCUCUUUCUCUGUCUCUAUCUCUUUCUCUCUCUCAUCCUAAGAAUUUCUUGAAUUAUCAUUCUUAUCUACAAACACAUUAUCUACAGUCGGUAAGUUAAACUUUGAACUUUUUCAAACGAAAUAAUUCUUAACAGUUCGUUCUUUCGAACGUCGCUGCUGUUCAUCCGUGAUGAAGUGAAAUAAUAGAAAAGAAAAAAAAAAAAAAAAAAAAAAAGAAAAAUCUGUCAUUCAAACAAAUGAGCGCGAAUCCUUUUAAGCGAUUUCAGCGACGCGAAGCGGCAAAUCGUAGAAUCAAGCAUUAAGAUUAAUUAUAUCACUUGGAGAUCUUGAAUUGGUUAAAAUUUGUAUAAUGGCACGUGGUAAUAAGCCUGUACGUGGUGGAAAACGAAAAUAUGACAGAAAAUAUGAGCCACGACGGAAACAGAAGAAAGGAAAGUUUAAUUUUAGAGAAGCAUCGUAUGUUAAAGAACGUGAAUUGAAAAAUGAACAGAUAGAAAAUCGUAGGAGGUUAUUAGAGAAGGAAAAGGCACAACGAAGGGAACGUGAAACUUCUGACAGUUCUGAGGAAGAACAGGAGGAUUCUAUGAAGGUAUUAUUAGCAACAUUGUCGGAUAAAAAAGAGCUUAAGAAUUUUGCUAUCGAGUCUGAAUCCGAAAAUGAACAAUCCGAUGAAUUAACCGACGAAGAAAGUUCAGACAGCGACGAUGAUAGUGUUCCAAAUGAAUGUGACAAUGAAAGCAUAUUAAUAAAAGAAAAUGACAAGGAGAUAGACGAUGAUAAUGACAACGACGACAUGGCAAUUGAUAUUAAGGAGGAUGAAGAGGAGGAUAAGGAAACUGCUGAAGAAGAUGCUGGCUACUUGAAAGAUCCUUUUUCUAUACAUUUAAAUCAUGAUUUAGACGAUGAUCUUUAUAAAGUCAUUUCUUGUAUGCCACAAGUUACAGAGAUUACAAAAUUAAAUUGGCCAAUACUUGGGAAUAUAAUCUGUGAAAUACCAAAGUCAGAAACAAAUUCGAAUAACACUGAUAAAAAAUGUAAAGUUUCUGUUUUAGAAACAAAACAAUUUGCUCGGCAAGGCAAAAUUCCUAUAUUAAUUGAAAGCAUAGAUUGGAAUAAUCUAUAUAUAAAAUCGCAAAUCCAGGAUAAUAUUUCAAAUGCAAAUUCUGAUAAUAUAAAAAAUAAUCUAGAUAAUAAUUUAGUUCUAUUAACUAAACUGCAAAAAGAAUUGUUUUCCAUAAUAAAUAAUUAUCAGGAUUUAUAUUAUCCGGAAAGGACCUUUUCAAAUGCCGAAGAAAUUAGAUUUGUAUAUUGUUUACAUGCAAUUAAUCAUAUAUUAAAAACUAGAACGAAAAUAUUACAUCAUAAUGCAAAAAUAGCCAAAUCUAAAAGUUCAUCCAGUGCUGAUAUUCCAGAUGAAUAUAGAGAUCAAGGAUUGGUCAGGCCAAAAGUCCUUAUAAUCGUGCCUUUUAGACAUUCCUGUUUAAAAAUUGUAGAAUUAUUAAUUUCAAUAUUGAUUGGCGUAGAUAAAGGAGGUUCAGUGAUGAACAAAAAUAGAUUUAUGGAAGAUUUUAGUGGAAAUGAAUUGGCUAUGCCCAAGAAAAAUCCUAAACCAGAGGAUUAUGAAUUAACAUUUCAAGGAAAUACGGAUGAUACUUUUAAGAUUGGCAUAUCAAUCACAAAGAAAACUUUAAAACUAUAUUCAGAAUUUUAUUCGUCCGAUAUUAUUAUUUCAUCUUUAUUAGGUUUAAGGAUGUUGAUAGGUGCUGAAGGUGAAGCAGAGAGAGAGUAUGACUUUUUAGCAUCUAUAGAAUUAUUGAUUAUGGAUCAAUCUGAAUUAUUUUUUAUGCAAAAUUGGGAUCAUAUGAUACAUAUUUUAAAUCAUUUGCAUUUACAGCCUAAGGAAUCUCAUGGCAUAGAUUUUUCUCGCGUAAGAAGUUGGUGCAUAAAUGGUUGGACGAAGUAUUAUCGACAAACAUUAAUAUUUUCUGGUAUACAAUUACCAGAGAUUCAUAGUAUCUUUAACAAAAGAUGUUUUAAUUAUGCGGGAAAAGUGAAAGUAGUAAAUCCAAUAUAUCCUGGUUCUAUUUGUCAAAUAAUUACUCAAGUACCACAAAUUUUUCAUAAAUUCAAUGCUACCAGUCAUACACAAUCUUUAGAGAAUAGAAUGGAAUUUUUCAUAAACAAAAUAUUACCACAAUACAAGGAUAGCGUAAUGAAUCACACAUUGAUUUUUGUAUCAUCUUAUUUCGAUUUUGUAAAGCUUCGAAAUUAUUUGAAAAAAGAAGACUACAGUUUUGUACAAAUUUGUGAGUAUUCUAAAGAAGCAAAAAUAGCGCGAGCAAGGGAUAUGUUCUUUCACAGCGACGCACAUUUUUUACUCUACUCAGAGCGUUUUCAUUUUUUUCGAAGGAUACGUGUUAAAGGAAUUCGACAUAUUAUAUUUUAUGCUUUACCAACAAUUCCACAUUUCUAUAGUGAAAUCUGUAAUUUGAUGCAAGAAGCUAAUCAAAAUCCUAAAGCAGGUUUAGAAAGUAAUAUGACUGUAACUAGUGUGUAUUGUAAAUACGAUGUUUUUGCAUUAGCUGGUAUAGUUGGUACAGAAAAAGCGAGUAAAAUGAUUGCGUCAGAGAAAUCAGUGCACAUGCUUAUUACGAGCGAAUAAUUUUUACAUGUUUGAUCGACUGUCGAUCUUUCUUCUUUUUUUUUUUUUUUUUUUUUUUAUACAAGUAUAUUGAUGUAUAAAGAAUAAAUAUAUUUUUCUAUGUA